UUCUCUUUUUUGUGUGUGGUUAGGUGAGGUGAUCAAAGCAUGGGACAUCGUUGUGGGAACCAUGAAGAUUGGAGAACUUUGCCAGAUUGUCUGCAAACCAGAAUAUGCCUACGGCUCUGCCGGCAGCCCCCCUAAGAUACCUGCCAAUGCCACUUUGUUUUUUGAGAUAGAACUGUUUCAGUUCAAGGGGAAAGACUUGACUGACGAUGAAGACGGAGGAAUAAUUCGGCGCAUCCGAAAGAAAGGAGAAGGCUAUUCCAAACCCAACGAGGGAGCCUUGGUAGAGG